AUGCAAAUGACUGUGGGAAUAGCCAGGUGCUACUGCCUUGUGCUGUGCAGUUUUGAACAAGAAGCUGAAUAUCAGAUUGAGUUUGACCCAAAAUUUGAAGCUGUGUUGGAGUGGGAGUGUCUGACCCAGUGUUCUGCAUUUCAGGAAGGUUUUGCAGCCAGCCCCAUCCUGGGGAAGUGUGGAGCUCGUUGUGAGGAUUGACUGUGCUGGCCUGGUGUCAGCAGGCUGGGUGGCUGCCCUUGCCAGAGGAGCGGGAAGAUGAGCGUAGGCACAGACCAUCUCCUGGCAGCUCUCUUCGUGGCAGGGGUGGCAGCAGUCAUGGGCUACCCAUCUGCCACUGACCUGGAUGCCACCCCCAGGACAACGGUCACCUUUGAUGAGCUGUCAGGCAUCCGGUUCUUCAGCAUGCACACCCUCAACUACAGCACCCUGCUGCUGGAGGAUGACCGGGGAAUUCUCUACGUGGGUGCCAGGGGAGCCAUCUUUGCUCUCAACUCCAGUGACGUGGCUGAUGGCUCCCACCGAAUGAUCCACUGGGAAGCCUCCCCAGAGAAGCGGAUGGACUGCCUGCAGAAGGGCAAAAACAACAAGACGGAGUGCUUCAACCACGUGCGGUUUCUGCAGAGGCUGAACAGCACUCACCUCUACGCCUGUGGGACCUACGCCUUCCACCCGCUCUGUGCUGCCAUUGAUGCCGACAGGUUCGUGUUGCCAUCACACUUUGAGGAAGGCAAGGAGAAGUGCCCAUAUGACCCUGCCCGUGGCUACACUGGCCUCAUUGUGGAUGGCGGCUUGUACACAGCCACACGCUAUGAGUUCCGGAGCCUCCCUGACAUCCGGAGAAACUUGCACCAGCGGCCACUGAAGACAGAGGAGUCCCCAUUACACUGGCUGAAUGAUGCUGAGUUUGUGGCCUCUGUGCUGGUCCGGGAGAGCAAAGACAGCCCCGUGGGUGAUGAUGACAAAAUCUACUACUUCUUCACGGAGCGGGCAGGCGAGGAGACCACAUCCUUCUUUGACAAGAGCCAGGUGGCCCGAGUGGCCCGGGUGGCCCGUGUCUGCAAGAGUGACGUGGGGGGGAAGAAGAUCCUGCAACGCAAGUGGACGUCGUUCAUGAAGGCACGCCUGGUCUGCUACAUCCCCUACUACGAGGUGCUGCGCAGCAUCUGCAGCCUGGAUGCAGGCAACUGGGCCAGCACUGUCUUCUAUGCUGCCUUCACACUCUCGGCACAGUGGAGGACCAUGGAGGCCUCAGCUGUGUGCCGCUACAGCAUCUCGGCAGUGCAGCAUGCCUUUGAGGGCCCCUACAUGGAGUACCAGGACUCGGCUCGCAAGUGGUCCCGCUACGAUGGAGCGGUGCCUGAGCCCCGGCCCGGCUCUUGCAUUACGGACCACUCCCGCAGGAAGGGCUACAACUCCUCUCAGGACUUGCCUAACAGCGUCCUGGACUUUGUCAAGCUGCACCCGCUCAUGUUUGAGGAGGUGAAGCCAGCCGGCGGGGAGCCACUGCUGGUGAAGAAGAACGUGGCAUACAGCCAGCUGGCCGUGGACAGGGUGCAGGCCCUCGAUGGCCACUCCUACGAUGUGCUCUUCAUGGGGACAGGGAAUGGUUGGAUCCACAAGGCUGUGGUGGUGGGCUCUGGUAUCCACAUCGUGGACGAAGUGCAGGUUUUCAGGGACCCACAGCCUGUGGAGAGCCUGGUGAUCUCCCGUGCCCAGAGGAGCGUGUACGUGGGGGCAGCCAGUGGGAUCCUGCAGGUGCCCCUGGCCUCCUGUGCCCGGUACGCCUCGUGCUACGACUGCAUCCUCGCCCGCGACCCCUACUGUGCCUGGGAUGGCAGGGCCUGCCGCCCCACCACCACCACCGCCAGCACAGGGCUGGUGCAGGACAUUCAGAGUGGCAACAGAGGAUGCCGGAGCAGCUCUGGGCGGGGCUUCCCGACGUGGAAGAACCGGACCGUGCUGCAAGGGGACGAUGUGCUGCUGCCCUGCGACCAGCGCUCCAACCUAGCGCGAGCUGUCUGGCUGCUGAAUGGCAGCCAGGUGCCAGGUGCUGGGCAGGACCGGCUGCGAGUGGGGGUGGACGGGCUGCUGGUGACAGACACGCUGCCCCAGCACAGUGGCGAGUACCACUGCUACGGCGAGGAGCGGGGUCUCCGCACGCUGCUGGCUGCCUACAGCCUCUCUGUGCUGCCUGAACUGCCCCGCAGCCCCACGGCUGCCCCACGGCCCCAUGCUGCCAUCCAGACAGAUGGUGACAUGAAGGUGGCUUACGUCUCUGCCAUUGUCGCCUUGGUGGUGCUGUGUGCCGUGCUCAGCACCGUCCUCCUCUACAUGUCCUGCCUGGAGAAGCGCAAGGGCAAGUAUGUGCUGGGUGAGCCGCGGCCAGCCAGCGUGGAACUGCAGACUGUCUCAGCCAACUGCCUGCGCAAGGGCCGCCGAGAGGAGGAGGAGGAGGAGGAAGAGCUCACCUAUCCCGAUGGCUGCCUGCGGAUCAUCCCUGGUGAAGCACCCACGGCACCGACCUCCCCAGUCAAGGAGCUGCCAGCUGUUGUGCCCCCGCUGCCGCCACCACCACCGCUGCCAGCUGAGCUCACCAAUGGUGUGGGGGCUCUCCCCAAUGUCCUCCGCAAGAUGAAUGGCAACAGCUACAUGCUGCUGCAGCAGCAGGAGGAGCCGCUGGCCUCGCCCCUCUACAGUGCAUCCUUCACUGAGGAGCUCAGCAAGAUCCUUGAGAAGCGGAAACACACGCAGCUGGUGGAGAAGCUGGACGAGAGCUCCGUGUAG